UAUUGGUGCAGGUUCCCACACCUCUGGGAGACUUCCCCAUUUUUCUUGGGCUUUUCUGGGGACGUGGCUUGUAUCUGUGAUGAAGGCCACAUUGUCAGUGGGUUGGUGGAACUAGCUUAGAAUCACAGUGCUGUUCUUUAUGUGAUAGGCUUCAGUUUUCCCAGCUGUCAGAUGGAAAUAAUACAGUUACCUCACAGGGUUGUGAUUGAAUUUUUCCUUUCCUAGAGCCAUGGCUGAAGUGCACGUGAUCGGGCAGAUCAUAGGGGCCACCGGUUUCUCGGAAAGCAGCCUCUUUUGCAAGUGGGGCAUCCACACAGGGGCCGCAUGGAAGCUCCUCUCAGGUGUACGAGAAGGCCAGACACAGGUAGACACACCCCAGAUAGGGGACAUGGCUUACUGGUCCCACCCCAUUGACCUGCACUUCGCUACUAAAGGUCUCCAAGGUUGGCCUCGACUCCAUCUCCAGGUGUGGUCCCAGGACAGCUUUGGCCGCUGCCAGCUUGCUGGCUAUGGCUUUUGCCAUGUGCCUAGCAGCCCAGGCACUCAUCAGCUGGACUGCCCUACAUGGAGGCCCCUGGGCAGUUGGAGGGAGCAGCUAGCACGGGCUUUCGUGGGUGGUGGGCCACAGCUGCUGCACGCAGAUACCAUCUACAGCGGGGCUGACCGCUACCGCCUGCACACGGCCGCGGGUGGCACAGUGCACCUUGGUAUCGGCCUGCUGCUGCGCCACUUCGAUCGCUAUGGAGUGGAGUGUUGAGGGACUUCAUUGCUACUAAUCGCCAUCAUCCACUGAGCACAUAAUGGCACAGCAGUGAAGCAGGCACGUGGACUCUGGAGACUGUCAGUCCUGAUCACCCCCAAGUCAUGGCCCCUAUGCCAUGGACUGCAAGGCCAGGAACUCCCCUGUGGCCCAUGCUCCACUGAACUACGGGGUAGAAAGGGCUGUGGGUUGGAGGGACAUGAGCAGGGCCCACUGUUUGGACUGUCGGGGGCACUUAAUAAAAGCGUGUAUUUCUCAUGGGUAA